GUUUGCAGCUUCUUGCAAAAUAUUGACUAUGAUGAAGUGAAUUCCGAUGGGAAUCAAAUUUUCGCAAGGAGAGCUCGUUCCCCAAACUUGAAAGCGUCCCGGGUUUUAAGCUUUCCCCGACACACCGUAGUCUUUGGCAAGAUUUUCUUCAAGAUAUUUACCUCCUCUGGAACAGCUACAGCGGGGAAGAGUCAGAAAAAGUCCGUCAGCUAAUGGAGAAGCUGAAAGCUGAUUGUAAAUCCGACGAUAACGAUUCGAGAGGAGGAGAGGAUGCCGAGAAUCAUAACGAAGGCGGAGAUUGUGUUGAAAAAGCCGUACACGCAAAGUCAAAAACAGAAGAUUCUUCGAGUCAAACAGAAUUUUAUGAAACUUUGCAUCAACAGCUGGAGGCUUUGAAAGAUGAGUUUCACCCAGCGAGAGAAGAAAUGGAAAAAGCAUUUAUUAAAGAGAAAGACUACCUUGAAACCAAGUUGAGGGAUGAGUACAGCGAGAUUAUUAAGACAAAAGACGACCUCAUCCGGGUUCUCACCGAGGAGAAGGAUUUUUUUCUGAAUGAACUCCGCCAUCUUAGGAAAUCGUUCGAUCUUUUUACUAAACAUGUCCAUCGAGAUGCGCUCCAACAUCCGGGCGACUGUGAUUGUCUAAAGGGCCUGGGUGCAAGCUCAGGAGAGCGCGGAAAUUUCGAAGUUCAAGGAGAAGGCAGUUGCGAUGGUAACACGAACCUCGAUCGUGAAGAACUUCUGAGCUUGCUACGCAAACAAGAAGAAGUUUUAUUGAAAUCAUUUGAAAGAGAAAAAGCCGAGAUGACAGAGAGGUUCGAACAAGACAAAAUGACGGUUAGGAAACUUACCGAAGACGAAUGUCGAGCGAGGUAUGCUUAUGAACGAGCUUACCUGCUCCAGAGUAUAGAUGGACUCAAGGAAGGACUGGAUUGUUUGAGGAUUCAGAAAGAUGAACUCGCUAAAAUAUUUGAGGGCGAGAAAAAUGCAAUAGAGCUUAGUUACAAGAGAAAGGAGGAUGAACUAAGAAGAAAUCUGAGACUAGAGCUCCAACGCAAAAUUAUUCAUGCUCAGAAGCCCUGGACACAGACAAAGAUUUAAGGGAUGGAACAAUAGCAACACUGGUUGGAGAAGACCAAAAUGGAGACCAUGUGUGUUGUAGGUGAUAGAGGUGAUUGUCCUUUGGCUGGUUGUUUGAACUUGUGGCUGCAACAUGAAACAAUACACAAUCCACCAAAAAGCAAAGAGAAAAGACAGAGAGCUUGUAGAAAUGUGAACUUUUUUGCUGCGCUGAAAGGAUCUUGAACUGUUUACAAAAUAUGGGUGACUAAUAGCUGACCUGCAAUGGAAUCUUCCCCAUUGAUCAAGCCUCUUCCCCAGUCUUGAUCUGUGAUGCUAAAACUUGGUCCACCGAAAAACAAAGAGGAGCUUUUGAGAGCUGUUUUGGAAACUGGACUGUCUUGUUGGGCUGAUCGGAUCUUGAACCAUGUACAAGAGAUGGUGUGACUAAGAGCUGACCCACAAUGGAGUCGGCAUCACCCAUAAAGUCUCUUCCUCAGUCUUGAUCCUUGGUGCUAAGACUUGGUCCACCAAAAAACAAAGAGAAGUGUGUGAAAGCUGUUUUGGUAAACUGGACUGUCUAAUUGCACUAGACAGAUCUUGAACUGUGCACAAGAGAUGGUGUGACUAAGAGCUGACCUGCAAUGGAGUUGGCGUCACCCAUAAAGUCUCUUUCUCAGUCUUGAUCUGUGAUACUAAGACUUGGUCUACCAAAAAAACAAAGGGAAGUGUGUGAAAGCUGUUUUGGAAACUGGACUGUCUUACUGUGCUGAAUGGAUCUUGAACUGUGCACAAGAGAUGGGUGACUAAUUGCUGAUCCACAAUGGUGUUAGCAUCAUCCACAAAGUCUCUUCCUCAGUCUUGAUCUGUGAUGCUAAGACUUGGUCCACCAAAAAAUAAAGAGAAGAGUGUGAAAGUUGUUUUGGAACAGGACUGUCUUACUGUGCUGAAAGGAUCUUGAACUGUGUACAAGAGAUGGGUGUUUAAGAGCAAGCCUAUCAUGUCCCUGUUGGAUUGAAGAAUAUAUGCCAAUGAGAAGUUGAUCCCCUUUGAAAUACAUUGACCAGAAACUUUUGGACGGCUCAUCUUGAUGUUAGAGGCAGUUGGAUCCUAAGGAUUGUCAUGCUGUCAAGAGAAAAGACAUUUACGUGGAAGUAAAGCGAAGAUUACAAGUUGAAAACGUUAAGGAGACCUGGAUAAUUAACAAUCUGGUAUUUCAAACCUUUCACGAAAGAGGCUAAAGAAAGACUUCAACCUCGAAAAUAAGUGUAAAUUGGGUAGCCAGAAACCUCCGUCAACUUUGUCCUUCUGGUGUAAUUAUAUAACGUAAAGUACGGAUGGGCAUCCAUGGUGUGUUUUGAAGAAACAUUUUCCUAAGUCUUUCGGCGGGAAAUGUCCAUCUCAAGUAAGAGACCAAGGGGAACUGUCAAUCUUGGAAAGAACGAAAAAAUCGGGGGUCGAUCCGCCACCGUCCCCCACCACACCCACCUCUCAUAGACAGUUGUUUUGUAAUUUCAAACAAGUAAAUCCUUGUGGUAAACUACAUCUUUUAAUACACAUGCGUGCUGUAAGAUUAUGUUUGUCUGAGAUGAUCAAACUAAACGCAUGCUUACUACAAUAUGUCGUACCACAAUGUUAAACUCGUCUCAAAUUACAUAGCAACUGUUUGUGAGAGGCGGGCGUGGAGGGGGACGGUGGUGGAUGGACCUCCAGUUUUUCUUCCUUCCAAGGUUGACAAUUCCCCCUGAUCUCUUACUUGGGAUGGUUAAUUUUUAAUGCUAUUUAAGGGUGGAGAAUUGAUCCUCAAAAAUGUCAACCUCGGAAAAGGAUCCGCCCACCAUCCAUGAAGGGCUUCGGUGCUGUUUUAUUCUGUAGUACUCAACUCAAAAUAAAUCAAUUACAUUUUGCAUCGAAACCAGUUUCAAUCGUCUGCAAGAGUUCUGCACGCGACAGUUCGAAAUGUUAGCAAACUUCUCCUUCUUUUCCACGCCGAUUCUUUCUUGGACCUUUUAUUUUCUUCUGUCUUCCUCUUAAUUCUAAAGGAAAC